AUGCCUCACGCUGAUCGUUCAGUUCCUGGGAGGACGCGUGACGAAGCGGUUGCGGCUUCCUCUGACUCGUCCUUGCCAGGUCUUUCCUUGGCUGCUUCCCUGUUCUCUUCGUCUUUUUUGUCGUCUUCGUCUGGCGACCCUCAAAGCGUUCCUGAGCCUCAGACGGGCGUGUCUUCUUCCCGACUUUCUUCUUCUCUUCCGUCUUCCUCCUUGUCGCUGACGUCUCCGUCCUCUUCCGUAACUUCGCUGCCUUCUUCGUCUUCCUCUUUCCUCUCUUCUUCCUCUUCUUCCUCUUCUUCCUCUCUCCCCUGGUCUGCCUCCCUUCCGUCUCCGUCCUCGGCUCCCGCUUCGUCGCUUCCCUCUUCUCCCCCUUCGUCCCGUGCGUCUUCGUCAGCGUCGGCUGUAGGGUCGGCUACCGCACCAUCUCUUGGAGCGUCUGAUUCGCAGUUCCUCAGUUCGGGGGUCCCACCGUCGUCUUCUUCGGCGCCUUUCUCUCCGUUCUUCUCGCUCUCUUCUGCGUCGAGCUCUUCGUCGGUUGCACCUGGCAGCAGAGACUCGUCCUCGCUCGACGAGACGGCUGAAGAACUGUCUCCACGCCCUGUGUCGCCUGACCCGCGUCCAGUCCUGACUCGUCCAGAGGCCCGUGUGCGGGGCGGGGCUCUUUUCGCGAAAUCCCGCGGAUCUGUGGAGGCAGAUCGAAGCCGGAGCGUGCGUCGCAAGAGAAUGAUCUGUGAGAUUUCCUCGGUCUUGCAUCAGGACCGACACUCCGAUUCGCGCUCCCACCUUCCCGCUCGCCGGGCGCCGGCCUCCGGGGACCAGGCCAGCCGCACGCCGCCUUUCUCGCGCAUGCCUUCCAUGUCUCCGUCUCUCACAGCUCGCCAAGACCGACAGCCCCUGCAUGCGCGAGACGGGACCAAGGCGGAGGAUGACGGGGCCUGGGGAACGACGGGCGUCUCUGCCGAGGCUCGCGAGAAGGCGACUCAGUGCGGACAAGAAGCGAAGUCAGACACUCAGGCGAAGCGCGAGACAGAGGCUCGCAAAACCGGUCAGAAGCCACCAGGAGGAGAACAGGCGCUCUGGAUGCAGCGCGCCGAGGCUCCCAUCACAGUUGUUGGAGCUGGGCGAGAACCAUUCGUCGCCCUGUACGAGGAAGUUACACAAGCAGCCAAACGCCACAGAAAAAGCUGUGACGAACUCACCAGAAACCUCGAUCUCCUACUCGACGUCAUUGUUGAGUCGAAAGAUCAGAUUCGCGCCGCAGCUCUUGCAGCCGAGGCGCGGAAGCAACGAGAAGCCGUUCCGAGCACCGGAGCGACGCAGCCGUCGUUUGCGCCUUCUUCCUCCGUUUCCGUUCUUCUGCCGUCUCACAAUGAAGAGAUCAAGUCUGAUGCCUCUCGCCCUGGUCGCCGGUCCGUGGCCUGUAGCAGCGCAGCAUCGAAUCCUGCAGGAGCCUCCUGUUCUGCUCUCUCGCCUCUUCCUGUCUCGUUCCCUUCUUCUUCACUUAGCUCUCACCAGAAGGACGAGAAGGGUUCGAGGACUCGAGGGCGCUCAGAGCGUAGCGGCGAACUCGCAGACGUUUCCGGGGAAGGAGGGCAGCGGGCCGCGGUAGAAGGGGGAGUGAAGAGCGAGUUGAACGUCGGGGUAGGCGACCGAGGCGCCGGAGAGACGCCACCCGAGGGCAUGAACACAGGAGACCAGAGAGACGAAGCCGCUGCAUCCGAGAAUAGCUUUCGCGCCGGGUGGCGCCCUUCGGUUUCCGGACGCGAUGGGGCGACAGCAGGUUGCGAGUCAUCCAACGUGUCUGGCGAUGCGUCUAGAGAGAAAGACAUUCCUGAAGGUGCUACCGGGCAGCCUGGACGUAUCGAUCCGCGGGCCGACCAGCGCGCAUCUGCAGUCUCUUCCGUUUCUCUUUCUUUGGCGUCAGGGUUUUCGUCUCCCCCAGGGUCACCCUCGCCGCCCUUGCCCUCAGCCUUGGCGUCACCCUUCCUCUCAGGAGCACCGUCGCCUGCCGCAGCGAGCUGUCCAAGUUCAUCUUCACUCCAGAGUGUGUUGCCGAGCUACACUCUUCCAGCUCCUGGGCUUCUUGUCCCUCCGCCGAUGCCGUCCGGCUCCGUUUCUGGGCCUCUCGCCUCCGAUGGAGACGCCGCGUCCGCGUCUGAUGCGGCGCAGCGCGUUCUUCUCUCCGAGCCGGCUGCGCCGUUUGCUGAAGCCUCGCGACCGGGAGAGAACCCUGGAGGCACAGAGUCUCGUGGGUCUUGCGUCUCCGUCACGGAGGUGAUUCGCGGCCUUCAGAAGAAAGUCCAGGCGCUAGAUGUGACGCACACCUUGACGGAAACCUACAAAGAACAACAGCUGACUUUGACCGGCGUGGCGCGAGCGAUCGACCGGCUUAUACCAGGGGACCCUGCCCCCGCAACCCGAGUGCUUCCGCCGCCGCCCGAGCAGCAGCUCUUCUUCGCGCUCCACGCGAGAAACGAGAAAGCCGCUGCGAAACAGGAAGCUUGUCAGCAGACACAGACCGAAGAACAACACACCGGCCCAGCUAGCAACCCAGGGAACGCGGAGUUUGCUGCUUUUCAAGGUCCGCCGACAGGGCCUCAGAUGCAGGCGAGUGGGUCGUCAACAUCCGCAUGUGAAGACGCGGGGGACAAGGGAGAAGACGGAAAAAACGAACCACGAAACGAAGAAGACAGAGGGGGGAGGCGGCGACGGCCAACGCGCGAGUCUAGUGGCGAGGCCUUCGAUGCUGGAGAACGAGACAGACUUGGAGCAACAGAAGACAGGAACCGUGAGCUCUGGGGCAGGACGCAUACAGAGCACACAUCAAUGAGCCAACGCGGAAGACAGCACGCUACGAGUUGCCUUGUCGCUUCCACACAUUUGCCGCCAGUCCGUCGAUCCUCAGUGGAACAGAGAAUAUCUCCGCGCCUUUGUUGCUCCGGCACGCGUUCUACUCUUGCAUGCAAACGAGCGUGGUGUACACGUGGAAGCGGAGCCAGCGUUGCGUCGGCCCUUCCCAGUUUCCUCCGGGGCGAAGGGCUCGGAGUCCGAUUUUGCGUCCGUCGCCACCUCAUGGAAAGCGACGAUCUCCUUCUCGCCAAGCUCCUUGCUCUCCACUUCCUUCACUGCGGCUGGUUCGACAUCUACGCGCAGUUCUGCGCCGAGCAGCAGCAAACCUUUGAGGCGGUUCGUUGUCCAUGUGCGGACUGUUGUGGGUGGUCACGCUUCGCGAGUCUCGCUAGCCAGACAGACGAGAGAAGUCUGCAUGUCUCCUGGGAGGAUUCCUGUGAAUCGAAGGGUGAUGGACAUCUCGAUGACCAAGGAAUGCUCAUGAGCACUUCGAAUGCUGGGGGAGAUCAAGGUCGUCUUAGUGGGCGCCUCGGGCCUGGUGAGGAGCCGAAAAGCCGAAGCGAAAACGAGAAAGCCUCGCCGAAUGGCGAUCUCACGUACGCGUACCCCAACGUUCUCAGCCCUUUCACCUCGGUUGCACUUGGCCCUCUCGGCCCGGAGUCGACUGCCCCUGGGGAACAGACAGUGCGAAACGAGAACGAAACGGAAGCCGACAGCGAGACGGGAAAUGCGUCCUUCUGUGGGCCUAAUUCGCUUCCUCCUGACGUACCACCGAUCUCGGGGGAGACCCGUCUGUCUCCGAGUGAAGGACCCGUUGAACUCUCCUGUCGGCCCGAACGUAGCUCCACCACCUCUUGCGUGCGUUGCUCUGGAGUAUCUUCUUCGGUUUCGUCGCUCCGCGACGCCGACACCCUAGGCGCUCCGGACUCACGAGAUAGACCGGCGCGACCGAAAGGCCUGGGGGACUCUCGCAGGCCAGGGGAGGGCGAGCAGGGAGCGACGGAGCUGCGUGGCGAGGACGCGGCUGAGCGCCGGGACACGAAUAAAGUUGGGGAACCCCAAGAAGCGGCCAUCAGCGCCGGGGCACCCUCUGAAGGGUGGUGGGGUCCACGCCGGUCAACUGGGAAGUCUGGAAGGCUUCAGCUGCUUCCUGGAGAAGUCGAGGCUGCUUAUGUUCAGCUCCACGAGAUUCUCCGCCGCCUGGAGCGGACGCGGGACGACCAGCUGCUUCAGUGGAGACUGAAGUGCGAGGGGAACGAAGAGACACUCCGUGCUCGUCUAGGCGUGGGAUCUCGAAAGAAUGGCAUUGAUUUGGCUCUUCAUUGGCUCGCAAGACAGAAGCGGCGUCACAGACGCAGGCUGGCCACGCUCCAUUUCGAGCUUCAUAAAUUGAAGUUCCUGUCUCUGCUGUCGGCUCCGGCGUCGACGGUCGAAGAGGCGUUGCUCUACUCGCGCAGCCACCUUGCUCCGCUGUGGCGGUACCACAAAGCCGAUGUGUGUCGCCUGAUGGGCUGCGUGGCAUUUUUUGGCCGAAGAUCAACAAGUCGCGAAACUGAACAAAAGGAGCCCCUUGCGUCGUCUCACUCUUCUUCUCCCCUUCAACACGAAGCGCCACCCGCCGCUCAAAGUCCGAGAGAGCGAGCGGAGAGACCUGGGUGCCGCCCCGGCGUGCAUGUCUCUCCGCCUGCAGGUGCUUUCGCUGAAGACCUCGAACAGGCAGGGGCCCUUGACCCAGACGCCGGAGCUCUGAGACCGGCGGCGGACAGCAGCAGGAGCCGCGGCAUUUCUUCGUUUGAUCUCGCGGAUCCGCAGAGACAAAACGGGGAGCGGGAGGCGGUGCGAGGUUCGUUCUUUUCCACAGGCGAAAAUGCCUGCGGUGCAUGCGUCUCGUCUUCUCUGUCUUCCCACACCGCUGAGGACCCGAACGGAGACAUCGCGGAUGCCCUGGAGAGAGGAGAAGCCAAGGCGAUGGGGAUGAAGAAACCACCACGAGACGAAGCGCUCGUCGCCGCAGAGGGCACCCCGUACAAAGACCUGGUGUCCGAGACAGAGUGGGCGCGCGUGUUGAAUCUGUUUCGGCGGGCCUUCUGCGAAAUCGGUCUCCUCCUUCCUGUGUGUAGACAGCCUCCUGCCCCUGGAACUCCAGAGGACGAGCCCCUCUCUGAGGGCCUCAACCACGGCCUAGGGCCGGGAGGACAGUUCCACUCUCCUGAAGACGGAAGGCCUGUGUCUGGAGCGUUGGAGGCAUAUGUCUCGCCAGGUGGACCCAUGCCUGCGCUUGCCCUACCUCCGGCGUCGACGCGCGCCGUCGGUCAGCCGUCGGGCUCGGCUGGUAUUCCAGGUCCGGAGCGCGAAGGCGGUACGAGUGGCCAGGGAAACAGAGGUCCCGCGCUCUCCCGCCGGGGGCCGCUUCAGGAGCUGUGGGAUGUGAUCUCUGGGCGGAGACAGGCCGAGGAGCUGCGGGCUGCUGAGCCGGCGGAGCCGCAUGUGCGGGGUGCAGGAGAGGAUCGUGGUCUAUCAAGAGAGACUGCGGGCGGCUCCGCGCUUGUGUACGACGGCGAAAGAGGCGAAACCGAAGCCGGAGCGAGAGGCGAGACUGCGCCGAGUGCAGCAGAGACAAAUGUGGGUCGAGCCCAAGAAGCGGGGACUCGGGGCGGCGCCGAGGUGGAGCGCAGGACGAGAAUUACGACUUUCUACCGCCCCGAAGAAAGGGAGUUUCGACAGGCAGAAGCUGUGGCAACGGCGGCGCGUGCGGGGAUUCCAGUCGAGUUCCUCCAGCUCCUCCCGCCUGAGCCUCCUCGGCUCGCUCCGACGAUCUCCUGUGUAGGGCGGUGCCUCAGCCCGGUCGCGGAGACAGAGAGGCACGCCGCGCUCGUCGACGCGACCGCGAUCGCGGCGCUCGACUCGGGCUCCUGCGUCGCGGCGGCGAUGGCGGGAGUGGCGGCUCGAGCUGUGGAGUGUGGCGAAGAGGAGCCCUUGCUGUCAGAGGUCCCGCUGUCUCCACCGAAUGUCCGCUCGCUUCAGUAUUUUGCGUCUUUUCAGCGAAAAGCGAGACGAGACCCAUUCGCAAGAUCGUCAGAUGGAUUUGCAGACCUCUUCGCCCAAGAGGAAGACGACGUAGAGGCCCCCAUCGUUCUCGCGCCUUUGGGCGCAUGCAGCCUUCGCGGCCAACGCUUCACGAGGUGCGCCGGAAUUUCCGGCGGGCGAUUUAGGGACAGCUGCGGGAGGGGCGGGCUCUGUGUGGGGCAACAGCUUGUGGCUCUGGGAGACUCUGCCGCGGCUCCUCUAUUGCCUCUGGGCGGACCUUGGAUUGGUUCCACGGCUUCACCUCGCCACAACCGAAGAGGAAGUCUGAGCAGCAACAGCAGCAGCCAGAGCUCAGGGUCUGCAGGAGUCGUGGGCCGACAGGCAGCUCUGGCAGCCGUGUGCAGCCGUACGGUGUUGAGACGCCUCCCGCCUAUCAGCGAUCUUCAACCUGGGUGGAUCCUCCGCAUUCACGCCCUGGGGCGAAGGGCCCCGUCCGCUGGGGGGCGUUGGGCUGUUAUUGGACGGACUCGAAGGUGCGCAGGGGCGAGACCUGGCGAGUCCAGCCAGAGCCUGUGGGAGUCUCUCUCCAGUCUGUGGGGUCGAGUAGACAGAGACGGACACGGGCCCGCGGAAGUCUGUUCCGGACGGCGUCCACUGACGGAGAAACCUCCAGCGGACUCUGGACCGCAGGAGUCUUCUCUUGGUGAUUCACUAGCCUCAGCUUCUUCGCCAGCCGCGGGCAGGCGGCAAGCGACGCAAGAAGACGCGAGCCCCUUUGGACGAAAGCGUGCCACGACCGGAGACCUGGGCAAUAAAAAUCUCCCGCCUUCAGACGGCUCCGACACUCGGGGGGAUUCUGGCGCGGGGGCUGAUUCGGAGGAAGUCGAAGAAUUACGAGAAGCGGAGGACCUCUUUCUCGACGUCCAGCGGCUCAAGCGGAGGCGGCGUCGACAGAUCCUCGAGUCGCUGUGGCUGAACGAGGCCCUCGAGGGCCCGCCAGUCUUCGGUCUUCGCUGGCGCCCGUGCACGAUCUCGCGGAGCCGGCGUCGCGGGCUCCUUGGGCUCUUCCAGGGGAAGGCCCCGGGGAAGCGCUGGGGCGCUGGGCCCUCAGACAGCGACGAGACGGCGAGUCGCGUGCACCGCAGCGACGCUAGCUUCCACUCAACAGUUCUUCGGAGCAGCAGUCGAAGCAGCACGGAGACGAGCGGCGUUUUCAUCUCGGGCCGCGAGGCCGAGGCAGCGGGCGGACGACGUGGAAGUCGCCGGCGCAGAAGGAGACGCAGAACCACCAGUCUGAGUCACCUCGCCUCGACGGCGCCGCCCGCUGAAGGCCUGCCUGAGAACCCCACCAUGGAGGCGUCUAGUGGCCGGUGGGGCCGCCGCGACCGCCCAGGGCGACAGAGUGCCCGGAGCGCCCAUGGCCGAUUCGGGGGCGACAGAGGACCCAUCAAUCCCCUCGCCCUGGAGGCACGAGCGCUGCUGCUGCAGGCGCAAAUGCGAGGCGUGCUCGGGCGCAGCUUGGGCGCAGGAAGCGCGGGGACACCUGCAGGCGCGACCGGAGCCGCGGCGCGCCGGUUGGCCGCCAUGGCCGUCCGUGGCCUUGGAGCCGGAAGGGGCGCAGGAGGGAGUGUGGAGGCGAGAUAUCUGUCUUUGGCGCGGAUCGCCUUUCUCUCUGCUGGACGCUGGCAAGCGUUGCCGACGGCUGAGGCCCUCAGAGGGUGGCGCGAAGAGGAGGCGGGCGUCGCUGGCGAAGAAGAAGACGACAGCGACGAAGACGACGACGAAGUAGAAGACGAUUUGGAAGAAGUGAUGCGUGCGCUGGAUGGAGAGGAUGAACUCGGCGACCCAGAAGAAAACGCCCCCCUCGCUCCCACGGAAGACAGGGCUGCGAGCGCAGCUUCUAUACGCAGAGGAAGCGAGGAGCAUCGCGUCCACGAAUUGAGUCGUCGGGCAUCUGAUCGCCACGCGUCUGCUCCGUUUCUAGGAAGCUCGCGGUGGCAUUCGUCUCCGUAUGGGCGCAGUGGUCGACGACAAGGAGACAGGAGCGGCUUCCUCUCUGUAAGGGGUGAAGAGAGAAGAAGAGAGGAACAGGUGCAGAACAGUCGGGCUGGCGGCCAGCAGCGAGCUAGCCGACACCAGAGAGGACCCGAAAGAGAAGGAGACGCGGGAUCCGCGCCCGCAGGCUCGGGGACAGGAGACCGUUCAAGCGACUCAGCUGACCAGUGUGACAAUCCCUCCGCUGGAGGCGAUGAGGAGACGCGAAGGGGACGAGGAGAAACUCCGACCUCUGUAGCGGGCCUUGUCAUGAUGCUAAUGAGAGAUCGACGGGCGACGGGGACUCGCGGGACAGACCAGCCUCCAACGGCAGCGGCGGAGACAGGCAGGCAGGGACUUGUCGGGGAGGGAGGCGACGAUGGAGGUGCCAGGUGGCGCGGUGGCUCCGGGAGAACCUCCAUGGCGUUAGGCAGUGCGCUUGAAAUGGCGCAGACGAUUGAAGCGGCAGUGUCCCAUUCAGUGGCUGCGGCAAGCGAGCCCGACACCAGCGUACCAGGGUCAGAGGCUCCAGGAGGGCCUUACGCUUCCCAAGGAAAUCCUUCUCUCUCGGCUUUCUCCUCCUCCCUCCCGUCCUCUGUCCCUCCGCCGCCUCCACUUCUCGCGCCUGCAGACACAUCAUCGGGCACCGCCUCAGAGCAGGCCUCGGCAGACGAACCUGUCUCCACACGCGGGACUUCUACGGCGGUCGGGGGCGACAGGGGGCGUGUAGGGGCCUCCAGCGGCUCUGACCUUGUUGCAGCGGCUUCCGCAGCCCAGGCCAGCUCUCAGGACGCGUCUGGACUCGCAGCUUCAUCUUCCGCGGGGUCUGCGACGGGCAGGGGCGGUAUUGAGGGGAGUAGUGGUAUCGAGGAAAGCGGCGCGGCGUCGAUUUCAGGAGAAACUCCCUUCUGUCUCCUUCCGGCUUCAGGCUCCGGGAGAAGUGUCUCCUCGGCCUCGGGCAACCAUCCACUCGGUGCGCCCGUGCUUCUGGCAUCGGGGCUUUCCUCGCGCUCCGGUCACAUAGCUGUCUCGUCAUUCGUCCCACCCCCGCCUCCGCCCCUCCCCGCGGGCCUCGGGGGCAGCUUCCUGGACCCGUUUGGGACUGCGGGGCCAACAGGCCCGGCUGCAAGCGGCGCAGGCGGGGGCUUCUCGUCCCAGACAACCUCGCCGCACCCUACAUCUCCUGGUGGCGGCGGGCUCACGCAAGCUGCGUCGUUUUCUUCGUCUCCCAUUCCGACGCCAACGAGUUCCGCGCAGCCGGCGGGCCCCUCGGGCUCCACGGGCGCAGUCGGAGGGACUGGGGCGACGCCUCCACCGCCUCCUCCGCCACCGCCGCCUCCACCGCCCCCUCCGCCGCCGCCACCUUUGCCCGCAGGGACUGUGAGCACCUCUCGAGCUGGCGGGGCGGUGGGCGGUGCGACGCGAUGGAGACACGUGCCUCUUGGCGGAGACAGUCAGGGGCAGGGGGUAGGGGCUGGCGGCUCAGGGGUCUUUUUUGGCCUACAGCACGAGUCGCAUCAGCAAGGAGGCUCUCGGCCGUCAACGAAUCCGACAGGAGAGGGCUUGCUGGCACCGCCGUGUUCGUUUCUGGCUAGUUCGGCGCCUGCGGCUCUCUUGGGCUCCAGAGCAGGGGCGGUGGGAAGCAGCGCCGCGAGAAGCACAAGCGAGCAGGGAGGGGAGUGGAACGACGGCGAGCGGCAGAGCCGACGACGGCACACGCGCAGUCACCGGCAGCAGACUCAGCGGCUCUCGCUGGGGAGCCACGAAGCCUCGUUGCCUGAAAGAGAUCGUAGAAGAGAAAACUCCACGACCUCGAGACGCCUAGAAGUACCGACAGAGGGUCGAAGCGGCCACCGCAGAAGCUCCAGUGGGCUGCAUCACGAAAGAGAAAGGAGUUUCGGUUGCCAUGAGGGCGGACGAGAAGGUCGGAGACGCAGACACGCCAGAACCGAUAUGAGGAGCCCUGAGGUGUCUCCGAGCACGGCGAGUGUGAGGUCGAGCAGCACGAGUCGGCAGCAGAGCCUGGACAGCGCGUUGGCUAGCCGCGAAGGCUCCGAGACAGAGGACGAGACAAGUGACGACUGUCGGGGGCCUUUGUCUGGAGACGAGGACAUUCGGCGAAUCGGGAUUUUCGGAGGCCGGGGGUGCAGCAUGUGCACUUGCUGCGCCUGCAGAAACUGUGAGUGUCUCCAAAGUGUCUCCGACGCCAGCGGGUGUUUCGCCUGUCGGCUGGUCCUUCCUCCGACCCGGACAAGCAAAGAAGAAGGCCUCUCUGGAGCCGGAGAAGGUCAUCGGUCAGGUGCGCCAAGGUCGACGACCGCAGACGGUUUCGACAGAAACGUACGGUGGCGAAACGACGAUGAGGAAGAAGACAGGGGAGACCACGGAGACGAGAAAGGAUACGCAGAACGACGCUGUUCGAGGAGGAGGCGCAGCAAGAGUAUGGGAGGACGAGCGCGUGGAAGAAGAGGCCAAGCCCCGGAAGGCGAGGAGCGAAACGGAGAGAGGAACGCAGAGAGAAACAGAGAAAGACACGAAGACGGAAACACAGAGAGAAACGAAGAGGAGUCGCAAGACGGAUGUCUCCACGGCGGGGCAGCUCCAAGAAGGCGGCGGCGACGCGUGUAUCGUGGGCGGAAACAAGGUCGGACAGCAGAGAAAAAACUGGAGACACUGGGCCUCCUGGUGAAGAAUCCAAAUUGCGGAGAGGGUUCCGCCGCGCGCAAGAAGGCGCAGAAGAAGGAUGAAUUUGCAGACAACCUCUGCCAGACGUGUGGAGGAAGCAAAACGUGGCGACGGGUCUCCCUCCCUCUCGAAAGUCCUCUCACUGUCCUCUUGUGCGCUGGAAAUAUCGCCCUCCCUCGGCUUAUGCAACUUCUUCAAGUCGUAUCUCAGCAGUCUCCUCAGCUAGCUGCAGAGCCGCCUCCGCCGACUUCUCCAAAUUCUUUGGCUGCUUAUUCUUCUUCUCCGCCUCUCUUUCCGUCUUCGGCAUCUUCGACUGCGGCGUUCUUCGCUCUGCUCCCCAGCCUGUUGUCUUCGAACGGCGGGUCUUCCUCGCUCCUGCCUUUGUCUUUUCUCCCUCAAACCCCUGCAGCACCUCCAGAGUCCAUGUCUCCCCUGUCUCCUGAUGUCUCUUCCUCGGCUGUCUCCGCUUCUCUUUUCUCUCCACGUUUGCCUUGGGUCUUCCCGUCGAGGAGCGCGCGCCACGCCUUUCUUCCUGUGUCCGCUUCGCGCAUUUCUUCUCCGCAGGGGGCCCCUGGGACCUUCUGCGUCUGCUGCAGACGCCUCGAGUGCAUUUGUGACUUCCCCGAGCAUCCUUCUGUCGAUGCGCGAGCGUCGCUCUCCAGAAACCAGCGGAGCGACGUCGCUAUUCCUGGGCACCUCCCGCAGCCUUUCUCCACCCUGCCUACUCUCGCUGCGAUGCUCCACCGAUCGAGAAGAGACGCCUCUGUCGGGGGCUCUGUGGGGGCCUCUCAGGCGGGAGCCGCGCCGGCGGGGGGGCCGCCCUCGCCGCUGCUCAGCGAUGGGGGGAUGCUCGCUCUCGAGUUGGAUCUAGGUCCCGCUUUCCACUUCCACUCGAAUUUCACCUGUGCUGUCAGUCGCGAACAAACCUCUACAAAAAACCCUGCAAUGCUUCUGACUUGCGGCCACACCAUCUGCAGUUCCUGCGUCGAGCGCGUGACAUCUCGCCGCAGCCGUCAGACGCUCCGGUGCCCCAUCUGCCCUACUCACGUGUCUAUUUCUGAGACACGCCAGCUCUGUUUCGACUGAGACGGGCAGAGCGCUUGACGACGAAAAGGAUCUCUUCGGCGACUUUUUUCAAACAAGUCAAGUGGUCUGAAGCGUUCAAAGGGGCGUGUUUUAGUCGGUGGAGAAGCAUGCAUGGACUGACUUUGAGUGCCUUAUUUCCCUAUUCUUGGCAGAAUGGAGGAUUUUUUGCGGAG